UCGGGGACGCGGGGAGGGCUGUAAGGAGGGCGGCGAUGCCCCUGGUGCCCCGCGGCCCCGGCGGGGGAGCGGCUCCGCGCCGGGCGCCGCCCUGGGCGCGUCCCGGGCCGGGCACUGCCGGGCAGGACGGGCAGGAGGAGCAGCCGCAGCGCCAUGGCUUUCGCCCGCUGGUGGUACGCCAUGCAUGGUGACAAGAAGGCAAGUGAAGCUUCUUCCAAGGCAGGAGAGAAAAAAGCAGAAGUGGAAGAGAAGAAACAAGCAAGUGCUAAUGUCAGCCAGCCGCCCAAAAGAGAGACAAGUGGAGCAGCUGCUUCUGCUAAGAAGCAGUCUCCUUCCACGGAUGCAUCGAAACCACAAAUUAUGAAACCAUCUGAAACUAGGUCCGCGCCGACAUCCAAAGCAGGAUCUGAAAAAAACACCCAGUCAGACAAGCCAGCAGACUCUCAAAAUAAACAGCUGUCUGAGGAGAAGCAAAAGGAACCCGUUGAUGGCAAAGACCAAACCAAACCUACUGUGACAACAACUUCUAAACCAAAUAACACAGGAAAAGUAACUACAACUCAGGCUGGCCAGCCUCCACCAACAACCUCCACAGAGACAGCAAAGCAAAAGUCUAAGGACGUGCCCAUGGUGUCUGAUGCAGCUGCUGGAACAGGCCCAGCAGGUGCAAGUGUGGCUGCUGCUGCUGACAAAUCAAGUACUGAGCCUGGUAUGGAUGAGUCAGCACUUGACAGCCUAAUAGAUACCCUUGGUGGACCUAAGGAAGAUGUACCUACUACUCCUGUUUACACUGGCCCAGAAAUUACGGAAGAUAUAUAUGCAAGAUACUUGGAAGAAAUGGGUAAACGGGAAGGGAGUCUCCCUCCAGAGUAUGUUAAAUUGUUGAAGAGCAAAGGGUAUGGCAAAGAUGUGGUCCCACCGAAACCAAAUGAGCAAGAUGAAAAGCCAAUGACGGAUGAUGAGCUUGCAGAGGCCCUGUCAUCUGACUUCACCUGCAGUGCUGCUUCUGCUGAGGAGAAGAAGACAGAGAAACCAAAUAAAGAAGGAGAAAUUGAGCAGGCACAAGCAGCAACUUCAGUUAAGACCUCAGCUCCUCCUAAGGAGAAGAAAACAAAAGAGGAAAUGAAAGAUGAUGCAAUGGAUGCUCUUCUUGAUACUCUUGGAGGACCUGAACCUGAACCUGAACAAGAUCCUAAGCCUUUCGUAGAGGUGUCAGAGGCAAAAGCCAAAGAGAAAAAGGAACAAAAGGCUGGAGAAUGUGAUGAUACAAUACCUCCAGAGUACAGAUUAACACCAGAAUUGGAUAAAGAUGGAAAACCAAUAUUGCCGAAGCCUGAAGAAAAACCAAAGCCUUUGAGUGAAGCUGACCUUGUUGAUGAAUUUUCAAAGGACUUUGCCUGCCCUGCACAGCCUGCAGUACAACCUAAAGCACCAAAGCCCUGCAACACAUCCAAAAAGCCAUCGUGUUCUGUGUCUGCAAAAGCCACUGAGGAUAAAGUGGUCCCUCGUGCCACAGCUUGCACUGUGCAGUCUGCAGCUCCCAUGCCUUCAGUUGGUCCUGUGUCAGAUGAAGCACUGGAAGCCUUGUCCAGUAGCCUAGGAAAGAGGGAGCCUGAUCCAGAUGAGAAAAAGCCUGCUGUGGACAAAGUUAAGGAGAAAACCAAAAAGAAACAACACAAAAAACUGGGUGAAGAAGAAGAAACGAUUCCUCCGGAGUACAGAUUAACAGAAGCCAAAGAUAAAGAUGGAAAACCUCUUCUACCAAAGCCAGAAGAGAAGUCACAGCCUAUGAGUGAAAAUGAUCUUUUAGAGGGUUUGACAGAAGGGUUUUCCUGUUCUCCAUCACCAUCUGCACCAUUACCUACAUCAACUGUACUGAAGAAAGCCAAGGAUGGUGCCCAGCCUGCGAGUUCUUCGGAUGUGAUCUCUGCUGCUACAGUUUCCUCAGUGCACUCAGCACCUCCUGCACCUUCUACCGCAGGAGGAAGAGAGAUGGAUGAAGCCUUGGAUCUCCUAUCUGACUCCCUGGGACAAAGGGAACCUGACCCUGAUGAGAACAAACCAAUUGUGGAUAAAGUGAAGGAAAAGACUAAAUCUGAACACAGAGAUAAGCUUGGAGAGAGAGAUGAAACAAUCCCACCUGACUAUCGAAAACUUCUGGAGUCAGGUGAGCAGAGUAAACCAGCAAAGCCAACAGCAAAGGAUGAAAGGAUGAAACACAAAGGAAAGAAGAAACCAAUGGAUGACAGUGCAGCUAUUGAUGCCUUAUCAGGUGACUUUGAUACUUGUGCAAAGGCUCCUGCUACACCCCAGCACUCAAAGUGUAGGACAAAAGUGGAAAGGAAGCUACGACCACUAAACCAAGCUCAAAGGAUAAAGGAAAGCCCAGAGACCCUAAAACGGCAAAGGGACAGUCCUCCAGCAGCAAAUCUGAGAAGCAGAAAGCAAGCUAAACGUUAACCUUACCAGGAUCCUGCUGCAUCGUGUGAAAUGUCUUCUUUCUGUGGGUGGAUGAAUAUUAUUGAAGAACAAAAGCUGAUGCUAAAAGCACAUAGUUAUUCUGGGUGGUUUUUGUACAGUGCUACUUGCUGGACUUCUUCUCAUCUUUUCUUUUUCUCAGUAGUAGACUCAGGUGGUUAGUUUCUUUCCUCCAGCAAUUCACUUUAUUGAGACUGCUAUGGUCUGAUAUUUUUGUAAUUUCCUUCAGCAUUCAGGGGGAAAGAAUGCUUUCUAUUUGCAGGAAAUAUAUUGCAUCAAUGAAGAGCUAUGCCAAAAAAGAGAAAAGAAAAAAAAAAUCUGCAGACUUUUGCACAUAAUCUCCACAUAGUGCCUGUAAAUUUCUGAAGAGUUUAUAUGUGCUAGCAUUUUUUAACGUUGCAGUGAAUGCAUUAAGUAUUUUGGAAUAUAGUGAGCUUUAGUUACCCUCAGCUGGGCUGUGCAGCCUUCUGCUCAGGCCAGUUCCUGGUGGGAAGCUGCAGGCCAGCUGUGGGGUGGCUAAGAGUGAGAAACUGGGGAUGAACCGCUUUUUCCAGCAUGUCUGGACAUCAAGCAGGUAUUUGGGAUGCUGCCUUUAGCCGUAGUUAAAACACACUAGGGCAGGACUUUUUUUUUUAUUAUUACCAUUAUUUCCAAUUGUAUCUGUACUGUUAUCUCAUAAUUUCAGGAGUCUCCUGGACUGGACAAAUAACAAAUGUAACAGCUACCAACACAUGAGGGUGGGGAAGGAAAGGAGGGGCACGAGCCUCAGCAGCAAUCAAAGCUCAGGUCCAGGACUGGGCUGCUUUUUAUCUUAUUUUGCACUGUUUCUAGUCCUUCUGUUCCUGGCACUCCAGCAGGGAACACAGGGAUGGGGCUGAAGGUGAUGCUGCAGAGAGCAAAGCCCCAUUUCUCCUGUUCCCUGCAAGGACAGGCACAGCCAGGCGCCUCUCACGGGUCAGCUGCCACCGCCUCUGUGGGUUUUCCUCUGCCUCCCUGCCCUGCAGAAUGUCCUUUUGCCCAUCCUGCCACUGGCAGCAGAGCCCGGGGUCUGCAGGCAGGGAUGGUGCAGGGGCUGAAGUUGGGGAUAUUUAGACUCAUGACUGUACUUGCAGUCUGCACCGUGCCACUCCAAUAAAGUUUUUAAGGAUGCACUCUGCCCUUCCUGGCUUUUUAUUUAUCAGUGCUGCUGUCAGGCAGAAGAAAACCUAAAAGUAAAAAAAAAAAAAGCCACAAAUGUUGGCAUAUUAAAAUUGAGUCUUAACAUUUCAAAAAACCCUGGAAAAUACAGAGUUGCAAAAUCAACUAGGCUGGGAAAGACCUUUGAAAUCAACAGGUCCAAGCUAUGAUCGAACACCACCUUGUAAACCAGACCACGGCACUUGGUGCCACAUCCAGCCUUUUCUUAAACACUUCCUGCAACAGUGACUCCAACACCUCCCUGGGCAGCCCCUUCCAGUGCCCAGUGCCUCUUUCUUUACUUGUUAAUGAUACUCCACAAAGGCCUAAACAAGCUCAUUGAGACCCUGCUACAGUUUUUUUGCCCCUUUUCCUUUGGAUUUCAAAGCUCUGUCAUAGCUGACCAAGACCAGAUCUAGCUUGUGGACUGAUGCUGUGCUGGGAGGCAGCUGAAAGAGCAAGAUGUAAGUCUCUGAAAUUUAUUGUGCCCUGAGAAAGGCACAGUAAACUCACAGGUCCUGAAAUACCUGUGUGUGAGGUCACAUCUCUGUAGGAGGGGUAGUGCAUCUGGGAGAACAGUAGUGCAUUAGGCAAAUCCUAAAUUAAAGGGUGGGGAGGGAGUAAUAAUGAAGCUCAGCGGUACCAGGAAGUGGGGGUACCACGUAAUUUUCCCUCAGAGGUGAGCACUUAAAAGCAGAAAGCAGAAAUGCCAUUUACUACUCACAAAAGAAAUGACUGCACAAAAAGGGACAAAAACAGACCUUAAUCUGAAAUCGCCUGUAAUUAGAGUUUUUGUCAAUUUCCCCUUUUUGGCCCUUAAAAUGUUUUAAAAGCAACAGCCAGCGGUGCUUGAAUAGCAUAAGAUGUCACUAACAUGACGCACAGAUUUCUCAGAAUUCCUGUAUUAUAUAUAAAUAUAUGUAUAUAUAUAAAAAACACAUGGAAUUUGCAGUGAGCAGGAGGAAGUGGUGCUUUCUGCAGGAUUGUGUCAGAGCUCUUGGCUCUCAACAGUGGAACGGGGGGUGCCUUCCUAACACCCAUGAAUUGGGUUUGGACUCCUUGGGCAGGUUUGACCUCCAGGUGGGAGAAAAGGGAAGCAUAGUCAAACACUUUGGAUGAGUUCUAGGUGAUGACUUUUUUUCCCUCUUUCAGUCUUUAUCUCUGUUAAAAUUCCAACUGUUUCGGCACACCCAUGAGGAAACUGAGGAAGGCUGGAACCACAGAGGUAAUAAACACCAGGGACUCAA